UGAAUAAUGUCCCCAAUUUAAGAUGGUUUCCAUAUUUUCAUAAAAUAUUAUUUUUCCAAAAUGAAGAUAUUGUAUGCUUUUCUGAUAUUCUUUGCAAAAACAGCAGCUGAUGAUGGGGUGUUAGAUAUCAAUGUUCCUCAUUUGACAGUAAAAGCACAAAAUGCAGGAAACAUUACGCUCCAGUCUGGUCUUGCAAGAGAUUUAUAUCUGGAACCUGGACCAGGCGGAAAAGUUAUAUUUGAUGGAGAAGACAUUUUGGAGAUCAUUAAGAUGGCAAAAACACUACCUCCAGUGUGGUUACCUCAUGCGCAUACCGGAUUCUUUGGGACAUUUGAGGGAGGACAACGAAUCCAUGUUAAAUUAGAGGCAAGAGAUCCAGAAAAUGGACCGUUAGAAUACCAAUUGGUUGCUGGGGAAUUGCCAACUGGUGUUAUUAUUGAUCAGACGGGUGGCUAUAUAAAUGGGGUAGUUCCAGAUAUUGAACGCUUUUACACAUUUACCAUUAGAGCCAUCAACAAUCAAACAAAAUAUGCUGACUCUGUGUUCAAAAUGGAAGUUAUUUCGCAUGACAACUGUAAGUCAAGUCCAUGUCAGCACCAUGGUACAUGUAUAGACAAUAGCAACAAUAGUUACACAUGUGUUUGUUCCGAACCUUACAGUGGACAUAGCUGUGAAAUAGAUUGCAGAAGUAAUGCCUUUGGUGUACGAUAUAAAAAUAAAAUACCUGAUGCUCAAAUGUCAGCUUACUUGUCACAGUCGACUAAACUCGCAUCUGAUGGACGUUAUUCAGGGAGUAGUUAUUGGUGUGGAACAAAUGACAAUUCAUGGUUACAGGUUGACUUGGGAGAACCAAAGACAGUGUACAAAACACUUUAUCAGUACAUAAACAGCAACUUUUAUACAAAUGGCUAUACCUUGUCUGUCAGCUUAGAUGGAGUGCACUUCAACAACAUCAAUGACACAAGUGGUCUUCGUACAUUCAGUGGCGGACAAAGCACGUACACAAAUGAUUUACCCAGUCCGACACUUGCAAGAUUUGUACGAUAUCAUCCUAAGGGAUACAAAAGUGGAUACUAUCCCUGUAUGAGAGUUGAACUUUAUGGAUGCUAA